AUGGCCUCGUCGUCGGGCAACGACGACGACCUCACCAUCCCCAGGGCUGCCAUCAACAAGAUGAUCAAAGAAACGCUCCCCAACGUCCGCGUGGCAAAUGAUGCCCGGGAGCUGGUGGUAAACUGCUGCACUGAAUUCAUCCACCUCAUCUCCUCCGAGGCCAACGAGAUCUGCAACAAAUCGGAGAAGAAAACCAUCUCCCCAGAGCAUGUCAUACAAGCACUAGAAAGUUUGGGGUUUGGCUCCUAUAUCACUGAAGUAAAAGAAGUCUUACAAGAAUGCAAAACAGUAGCACUAAAGAGAAGAAAGGCCAGUUCACGCUUGGAGAACCUCGGCAUUCCGGAAGAAGAGCUUCUAAGGCAGCAACAGGAAUUAUUUGCAAAAGCUAGACAACAGCAAGCAGAACUGGCGCAGCAGGAAUGGCUACAGAUGCAACAAGCAGCUCAACAGGCACAGCUUGCUGCUGCCUCAGCCAGUGCAUCCAAUCAGGCAGGAUCCUCUCAGGAUGAAGAUGAUGAAGAUGAUAUCUGAAAUUCACCAGCUGAGUUUGUCUUUACUAAGAAAUAUUUUUCCUGCACAAUGAAAACAGUGAAAUGAAUGCUUACCUGUAAGUUUGUAUGCAUCAUGGACUGGCAAUUGGUAUUCUAGGGGUGUCUGCUGUUGUGUGCUGUACAUGUAUAAACUGUCUUUUUUUGAACUCUUGAAGAUUUAAGGUUCAGUAUCAUAUCAACUUUGGAUUUUUAAUGGUGUAUAUGGAAAUUUUAGAUAGCAGUGUGUCAUUUAUUUGAUCAAUAAACAGUGUUACAAUAAACAAUGAGUUUAUAAAAUAUAGUGAGAUUUAUACAAAAAGCUCUAAAUCCACAUUUGCAUUUCUUCCCUUUUAACUAAACUAUAAAAUCUUACUUAGAAUUUUUAAUUGUUUUUUGGGGGAGUGGUACAGUAGACAUAAUCUGUUAAUGGGCAAAAAGCAGAGUUCAGCAUAGUAGAGUCUGAGUUCUUAGUUCUUUUUAAAAUGAGGAUGUAUAUGGCAAUAAAUAUUAUAUAUGCUCAAAUACCACACUUGUUAAAAUUUGAAAAUGAUACGUUUUCACCAAGCUAGGAAGAGGUAUGUUUAAUAGGAGUUGUACAAAUUCAGUCAUUUUUUUGUAUAGGGGUGAAAAAAAUAAACCCAUGGUUUUAUUAUGACAUCCUUUGACAGUCCUAACUGAGUAUUUCACUUCAAAGACUGCCUGGUUUGAAGAACUAACUCUUCUAUUAUUUCACUCCAGUUUAAUGUUAACUGUUGUUGAUGGUAUUUCGUAGUCCAGAUCUAUUCAUAUUGUUGAAAUAUAAAGUUGGAACUUGAUAAAAUUGUUUUAGUUCCACUGAUGUAACUGGGAAUGAUUAAGUAUUCAAGGCUAAGAAGGCAAAAGCUGAAGCUAAGAGCAUGCUUACCAUAAAAGAGGGAAUUUAUUUAACAUUGAUUAGUCAUUGUUGUCAGCAUAAUGCUAACAUUCUCCAGACUAGAUUGCCACUGGAUUACUAAGAUACCUUGUUGAAAGAUAACAUUUUCUUCAUUCAAAUUGGUUAGUAGGUAAGUCCAAGUUUUUGAUAAACUAUUCCCCAAGAGUGAUCAGCAAUACAUGGAACAGAAAUGAUGUAGUAGUCCUUUUGAUAGUUGAUUUGAAAAUUCUGUUGAUUAAUGGAUGAGCAGCUGUUCUUUGUGUUGAAAUAAAGCACAGUAGUGUCCA